AUGGCCACACCGCCAUCGCGCCCGUCAAGCGCACUCGAAGCUCGUGCGGCAGCGACGACAACACCGGACGCCGCGUCUACGGGGCAGCUAACCAUCGAGCCGCAAACUCUGCUCAUUCUGGUCGGUCUACCGGGCGCGGGCAAGACGACGUUUGCAACUGCAUUAUGUGCUCUCCCUCCACGUCUUGGGAAGAGGACAUGGAGCCGUGCGAGCCAGGACGACUCGCCCAGCAAGCGGCGCGCGGAGGCCGAGGCGGCAGCAAGGGCUGGCUUGCGCCGAGGAGACAAUGUGGUCGUGGACAGAGUUGAUUUUGACCCAGACAGACAACGAGCCCACUUUAUCACCCUCGCCCGUGACGCCAACGUCCGCGUCUUCUGUCUUGUCCUCUCCCCUCCCCUUGCGACACUGCGUCAACGUCUGUCAACAAGAACUGGUCACCCGACGCUCCCCGACGCGCAGACGGCGCUUGGCGUGCUCGACCGCAUGCGCUCACAGUUUGUGCCCCCAUCGCGCGGUGAGGGUAUCGACCGCACUCUGACCAUCACGGCUUGGGACGAAGGUGUCGAGGCCGUGCUCGCCCGACUUGAGGAUGGCGUCGCCGACAAGGACCUGCCGCCCGCGGCACGGAACACUGCCAGUGGAACUCGGGACGGGGGUAUUACCGUGGUGGGAGGGGCAAUGGCCAGAGGGGAUACUACCGAGGAGGGUAUGCGCCGCGAGCCGGGUAUCCAACACCUCGAGGCGGGUACGCUGGCAGCGGCGGCUACAGAGGUGGUGAUGGCCACCACGCCAGGGGGUAUGAGUUCAAUGGAAAUGCCCCCAACACUGUGUAUGCCAACGGCAACACCUAUGACGCGGAGGCACACGAGCACUGCGCCAACUGGUGGGUGGGCUGGAGUUCUGAUGGAGGCGCAACCAGUCGGAUACAAUGUCGACAUCAACGUGUCGCGACGCGUCCCACCCACUUGUGCUACAUGA